AAUUUGCAACUUUUGUUAAGCCCCAGUUGACAAGUUCUUUCCACCCAGCCAAUGAACCCUAUGUAAUGGUUCUCCUCAAAGUUAAUGCUACUAUUAAUCCAAUGAAGAAAAUCCAUCGUCAAAAAAAGGAUUCAAAUCACAAUAUUAGUGUUCAAAAAAUUGCCACCAAAACCAAAGCUUCAUCAUCCAAAACAACAACAGUUAAACUAAAAAACAAGCACAAAUCAAAAGAUUCAAAACCCAACUCAGAAUCUGAAGAAAACCUCCCCAAACCUCAAAUUAACACUACCCUUAUAGUUUUCAUGGAUAAAUUUCCAAUAUUGACCCGAGAUUUUUACCAAAUUGAUGCACUUGAUCUUGCCCCACGUUUGCUUGGCAAGUUCCUUAGGAGAGAUGAUGUUGUUCUUCAGAUAACUGAGGUGGAAGCUUAUAGGCCAAAUGAUUCAGCUUGUCAUGGUCGAUUUGGGAAAACAGCUAGGACUGCCCCUGUGUUUGGUCCUGGUGGUCAUGCAUAUGUCUACAUCUGCUACGGUCUCCACAUGAUGCUCAAUGUUGUAGCAGACAAGGAAGAAGCUGGAGCAGCUGUAUUGAUUCGUUCCUGCGCUCCCAUCAGUGGCUUGGGUACUAUUCAGCAGCGUCGGGGUAUAAAAACUGAGAAGCCCAUUCUUCUUGCAGGUCCUGGAAAGGUUGGUCAAGCAUUAGGACUAUCAACAGAAUGGUCUAGCCACGCUCUAUACACUGCGGGCGGCUUAGAACUCUUAGAUGGGCCAGAACCAGAACAUAUACUUGUUGGUCCAAGAGUUGGUAUUGAGUAUGCUUUGCCAGAACAUGUUAAUGCAUUGUGGAGAUUUGCAAUCGCCGGUUCUUCAUGGAUCAGUGCUCCUAAAAAGACUCUUAGACCUCUUUAGCACAUCAACGGGUGCCAUGAUACCACCUCCCCCACCCCCCACCUGGUGGGGGGGGGGGGAGUGAGAGAAAAUAAUCAAGCUGUUGUCUAUAAGUGUAGAGGAUUUAUAGUCCCCUCCUUUCAUUUUACCCCCUUUUUGUGUAUAUUUUGGUUGAUUUAGCAUAUAUCUCAUUCAUGUUCUUGGUUAUGUGGCUUACAAAUAUACCCCAUUUUGUUGGAUUAUCUCUCUUAAGUAGAACAACAACAUAUUCGGGUUAAGCCCACAAAUGGGGUCAUCAAGGAUGGUGCGUACUCGGUCUUACCCCUACCUUGAGAAGGUAGAGAGGUUGUUUCAUCUGUACUCGCUCGCUGGAUAUAUAUUCAUCCUUCUUUUA